AUGACGGCGUACCGGACACGGAAGCGCGCGUCCACACGGUUCGGUCGAAACCGCGUCCCCAGUGACGAGACUGAAGCCGUCACGGCGUCUCCUCAGAUGCCGUCGUUCUACCCCGUUCUGGACAAGAAAAUGGAACAUGCUUUAUCGGAGACGUAUCCGAGCGUCACAUUUUUAGAAGCCGAUUCAGAAGACGAGCUUCUAGAUGAAUUCAGUUAUGUGGAUGUACUCGAACAGAAUGUGUUGGAGAAAACCAGGCCCGACCGGGUCCCGCUGGUGUUUUGUACGGGCGUCGUGCCGGGUACAGUUGAAGACGCCGCGUUAGGUUUCUUCGCGGAUACAGACCAACGCGGCUUGGCGAGAGAGUCGUAUACUAGAGAGGUGAUAACCGACGACUCGAGGGUCCUCGCGCGGCUUCAAGGACCUACGCAAGACGACCCGUUCCGCUUCUUAGGCGUAAAAUGGUGUGUUCAUACAACGCGUGGUGCCGCUGGACGCUUCAUCAAGCCUCGAGACUUUGUGAUUAUUGAAUCUACGGGUAUGGCGCUUGAUUCAGACGGUGUACGGUUCUCCUACUUCCUGAAUCAUUCGAUCGAAUUGGAUAAGGUUCCGGAUUUCCGGAACUUCGGGAAUGUUCGAAUCGUAUUCUCUGCAUGCCACAUUAUACGGCCACAUUCCACAGGAGCGAUCGAGACCUUCAGUCGAGGGUUCAUGGACGCACGAGGAAAAAUAUCUGAGAGGUUGUGCACGUACGUGUAUUGCGACGGAUUGAUGACAGUGCCGCAAACCGUGGAAGAGGCGUAUGCCAAGAAGUUAGUGUGGUCAUUUGAAGCUCAACGCCGAGCAGACAGAAGUCGCCGAUUGGUGUCGUUAAUGGUAUCCGACACGUGUCCGUGUUGCAAUCAGAGAUUGCACACAGGGUUUGCCAAACUCUUGGACGGGAACUGCAUGUGCCAGCUCUGUAGGAAAACCAUGUGCCGCAAAUGUACGGUCAAGAAGACGUUGCCCUUGGAUGCCAGUACGAAUCUCCAAUCGACGCACAAGGCCAUGGACUUUUGUCUGGGUUGCUAUCUUGAAGCUAAGAACCUCCCGGCGUGGCACGUUGCCAUGGAGAUGCGUGCAAUGACCCCAUAA